GUUACUAUACCCAAAGAUUUUAUUCGUUUUCAUGCGCGUUUCUUACGCUUGCACUUGCCUGCUUUCUGCCGACGAAGUUGCAACUUUGGUGACACACGGCUAUCGAUAGGCAUGCAGCUACUGGGCGCUGGCAGCGUCACGUUGCAGCGCUGCUCCGCGAAAGGGCUGGCGCGGCCAAUGCACACGCUCCCACUGCGGCCGGUCGCACCGGGCGCACUUCCCGUGCGUCCUACAGCCCCAGGCCUCCUCACAAACCGGGGCGCUCCCGGCCCACUGCUCCCACGGCGAGCAGCUGGCAGCGGCCAUCUCCAGCAAUGCAGAGCCAGCGGUGGCGGUGCCGCGAGUGCCGUGCCGGAGCCGGCACAGCCGGACAACCAUGCAUCCUCGGCGCAGCCCGCCUCUUCCUCAUCCCAAUCCCCCGCACCACCAGUAGCACCAGCAGCACCAGCAGCAUCAGCCAGCUCCUUUGAGGACCGGGCGGCGGCGCUGUGCGGCACCAUCACCUCGCUGUUCCCGCUGUGGGUGGUGAUGGCGGCGGCGCUCGCGCUGUGGCGGCCAGAAGCCUUCACGUGGCUGCCCACGCCCUUCAUCACGUGGGGCCUGGCGCUGACCAUGCUGGGCAUGGGGCUCACCAUGCGCCUGGCCGACUUCGCGGACGUGUUCCGCCGCAUGCCGGGCCUGCUGCUGCUGGGCAUGGGGCUGCAGUACACAGUCAUGCCGGGACUGGGAUGGCUGUUCAGCAGGUACGCGGGCCUGCCGGCGCCCCUGGCUGUGGGCAUUGCGGUGCUGUCGGCCUGCCCCGGCGGCACGGCGUCCAACAUCGUGGCGUUCCUGGCGCGUGGGGAGAUGGCGCUGUCCAUCCUGAUGACCGCCGCUUCCACGCUGGCUGCGGUGGUGGCCACGCCCGCCAUCACGGCCGCACUGGCAGGCACGCUGGCGCCCGUGGACGCCAAGGGGCUGUUCAUGUCCACCAUGCAGGUGGUACUGCUGCCCGUGAUGGCGGGCUGUGUGGCCAACCAGCAGUUCCCGGCGGUGGUGGCGCGGGUGGCGCGCUUCACGCCGGCAGUGGCCACCCUGCUGGUGGCAGCCAUCGUGGGAUCCACACUGGCCGCCAGCGCCGGCGCCGUGCGGGCGUCCGGGCCGGCGCUGCUGGGCGCGGUGGCGGGUCUGCACGCAUCGGGCUUCCUGCUCGGGUUCGUGAUCGCCAAGUGCCUGGGCCUGAGCGGCAAAGUGUGCCGCACCAUGUCCAUCGAGGUGGGCAUGCAGAACUCCACCCUGGGAGCCGUACUGGCGGCGUUGCACUUCGCAGACCCCCUCACCGCCGCCCCCUGCGCCGUCAGCGCCUGCACGCACAGCGUCAUGGGCUCCGCGCUGGCAGCCUACUGGCGCCGGACCACCAGGGAUGAGGAGGAGGCGGAGGGGAGGGGCAAGGAGGCGGCGGAGGGGGGCAGCGGUGUCGGUGGCGGCAAGCCGCAGGCCGCGUGAGCGCAGCGCUUGUGUGGAGGUGGAUAGCAGGGGAGGUGGCAGGCGGGUUGAGGCGUGUUGCGGAUGGCGUGUGCAGGUGGCAAGCAGUCGGGUAACGCGGGCGUCAGGGAGUGAGACGGUAGCUUGCUAGGACGGGAGCUUGCUGGCUUUCUAUAGCGGGGGCGACAGUGACGAUGGCGCGACUGCACUCAUUUGGUUCUGGUGGUGGUGGUGAUGCAUCCUCAGUCCUCUUAUGCAUACUUUGUAAAUUACAUACCCU